AUGGCUACCCCCAGUGUCCUAGCUUUUGACGCUGAGGGUAGGGCCAUUGACUUCGAGGUCUGGGUAGAUGAUCUACAGCUGUUCUUACAGUUCGAUAGGGCAGACGGUCUCUCUCUCUUUGACCUCACCUCUGGCGCCUCCCCUGCCCCUGCUGCCGAUGCUGACGCCACUGUUCGUUCCCAGUGGGCCACGCGCGACGCUGCUGCACGUCUUGCUGUGCGUCGCCACCUCCCUACCUCUGAGCGUGCACACUUUAGUCAGUACAAGAGUGCUCAGACCUUGUACAACGCUGUAGUUGCACGCUACUCCUCCCCUGCCACUCCUGCACUGAGCCGGGUGGAGGGGGUGGAGGUACCGGUGGCGGCAGUGGGGGCGGAGGCGGCGGCGGUGGCUGAGGGAGCAGAGGAGGCGGCGGUAGCGGAGGCGGCGGUGGUGGUGGAGGCGGCGGUGGUGGCGGAGGCGGCGGAGGGGGCGGAGGUGGAGGUGGAGCUGGUCGCGGGUCUACGCAAAGGAGUGGCUCCGGUGGUGGUCCGCGCCAGCAGCAGCAGCGUGGUUGUGAGACCCUGUCCCCUCAGCAGCUCCGUGAGUGGUGCAGUGCACGCCAGCGGGGUGGGGGUUUUGGUCCGUGCACCUACGUCCUGCGCACCGGGGACUGUGCGGGUGAGCAGUGUGCGGAGAUAA